CGCGAGCGGCGCGAGCGGCGCGCGAAGCAUGGACGGUGGCGAGGCCGCCCAGUGAAAGCGAGGAGACGCUGCCCGGCGUCGGCGAGUCGCGCCCGAUAAAUGCCGCUCUCGAGCGGGGUUCGCGCCUUCCCCCCGCCGCGUUUUCCCUGUCGUUCGACCGCGGCGCCGCGAACCCUCGCGCGUGCACCGGCUAGACGGACGCUCGAUCGUUGUCGGGUGUUAUCGGAGACGACCGCCGGCCAAUAGGAACGGCCGUCGAGGACCACCGCCGAGCGCCGCUCCACGAGGGGAGGUUUCGUCCGUAGCUAGAGAAACGUGCAAUGAUGGCGAACGGAAUGGACACGGUCGUGCAGCAAAACGGGGGCUCGACCCUCGGGCAGACCUCGCAGGAGGAGUCCAAGACCAACCUCAUCGUCAACUACUUGCCGCAGACCAUGACCCAAGAGGAAAUUCGCUCCCUUUUCUCCAGCAUCGGCGAGGUCGAGAGUUGCAAGCUGAUUCGUGACAAAGUCACCGGGCAGAGCCUGGGCUACGGCUUCGUCAACUACCACCGACCCGAGGAUGCCGAGAAGGCGAUCAACACGCUCAAUGGUCUGCGCCUGCAGAACAAAACGAUCAAGGUGUCCUACGCCAGGCCGAGCAGCGAGGCGAUCAAGGGGGCGAACCUGUACGUUAGCGGUUUACCGAAGAACAUGACGCAACAGGACCUGGAGAACCUCUUCAGCCCGUACGGCAGGAUCAUCACCUCCCGGAUCCUAUGCGAUAACAUCACCGUACGACAGUUUGUGACUGGCGGCGGAGACAAUUUGCCCGGUCUCUCGAAAGGAGUCGGCUUCAUCCGCUUCGACCAGCGGGUGGAGGCGGAGCGCGCGAUCCAGGAGCUGAACGGGACCAUCCCGAAGGGCUCCUCCGAGCCGAUCACCGUCAAGUUCGCCAACAACCCCAGCAACAACAACAAGGCCUUGCCGCCCCUGGCCGCCUACCUGGCGCCGCAGGCCACGCGUCGAUUCGGCGGCCCCAUCCACCACCCGACCGGCCGCUUCAGGUACAUUCCACUGUCGCCACUAUCCAGCGCUAGCAAGACCAUGCUUGCCAUUAACAAAGGCUUACAUAGGUACAGUCCUCUGGCGGGCGACCUCCUCGCGAACCCGAUGCUGCCGGGCAACGCGAUGAACGGCUCCGGCUGGUGCAUCUUCGUCUACAACUUGGCCCCGGAGACGGAGGAGAACGUCCUCUGGCAGCUCUUCGGGCCCUUCGGCGCCGUCCAGUCCGUCAAGGUGAUCCGCGACCUGCAGACCAACAAGUGCAAGGGCUUCGGCUUCGUCACGAUGACCAACUACGAAGAGGCGGUCGUGGCGAUCCAGAGCCUGAACGGCUACACUCUGGGCAAUCGCGUGCUCCAGGUCAGCUUCAAGACGAACAAGAGCAAGGCCGCGUAGGACGAGCGGACGGUAGCCUCAGCGGCGGCGGCGGCGGCGGCGGCUGCGGCUGCGGCCGCGGCCGCGGUGGCCUACCACCGCCGGCUCCUGCCGCCGCCCCCGAUCCAUUGCGCCGCGCUGCCCGGCACCCUCCUCGACGCCAAGAAGCCCGAGGCGCCCCGUCGCCCUCACCACCACAACCCCCAUCUCCCGCCGCAGCAGUCGCAGCAGCAGCAGCAGCAGCAGCGUCACCAGCGGCUGACCGAGCGCGUCCGGAUGGCCAACUGGGGGACCGGCCUCGCUCGACCCAAGUCCGCCGCCAGGGGGCAGCGGCGGGACUCGCCCGCCCCUCGCCAGGGGGCCGCAGCUUGACCGCGACCGGAGGCGGGUCGAGCCGAAGAGUCGGAGAUGCCGUUUCGGUACCGUUCGGGAAGUUGGACGCAAUGAGGACGUCGGCGGUCGGGUCGAGGAAACGGGGAGAAACGACGAGGGCGCGGCCGAGGAAGGAAUUACCUUCCGCCCGCGAAUAUUCUGUACAUAGAGUUUAUGUACGGGCACCCGGGCGAGCACGCGGGCGCACGCGGGCGCACGCAUCGACCGGAGGCCGGGACGGGCGUGGCUCGAAUCGUUCCGCUCGCGUCGUCUCCGAGUUUUUUCGCGGCGCCCCAUCGACCGGAGGCAAGGUAUCGCGAAGAAGGGAGCGGGGCGCUUCGUCCUCCGACCGAACGUCCUCUGGGCCCGUCGAGCUUAGCGAAACAUCCCGCGGAGGCCGCCGGAACGACCGCUCUCGUUCUCUCCCCUCUCUCCAGCCGGUGGCGGAAGGAAAGCCCAGUCUGCCCGCGGUGAGAUACGUUAGAGGAAUUCGUGCUCGCGCGGAUAAAUUAGAGACCGAAAUGCAGAGUGACGGGAAAAACUUGCGAAAGAAAUAAGAUGGAGGUAGGAUCCCCAAAGGAAGAGUUCCCGGAGAUCCAAAGGCGCCACCCCGAGAGAUCGCGCCGGUCCGAGGUCGAUCGCGAAUCGCCCGUUUAACCGACGUCCUCCGACGUCUACGCGCGCGAGUCGCGGAGAUUCGCAGAGGUGCCGCCGAGAGAAGGAAGCUUCCCCGGGAAGUCGACCCAAAAGCUCGCGUGCUCGGGAAGGAAAGAGACGCUCGGUCUCCAUGGUAAUCGCCCCUUUCGGCUUUCUUUCUCGUUCUCGUCGAAGUGCAAUAUGUCCCGUUCGCGUCCGGCGGCGUGGUGUUUCGUAACCGUUGGAGCGACGAUUUUCCGCCCGCCGUGCAGCCGCGAUUGCCGAUUCUCUUAACGAGGCGCGAGAACGACAAAAUCUUUUGGAAUCAAUUACCUUCGAUAUUUCUAUCUAAAGUAUCUUCCCGGGAAACGACCCGACCAAAAACUAGUCCGUAGGACUGACGAGCAGAUCUGGACGUUCAUUGAAAACGGUUUUUUUUUCUCCUGGAACUUUUUCAAACGAGACGCGCAAUUUCUCUACGAUCGGUCUCGAGAACGUUAAGCGAUCACCGAGUACCUUCAAUUUUUAUCCCAAGAGAGAAAACCCCGAAAUCGAUCUUCUCGGAUAAGUGCGAAGCGCGAGAGACUCGACGUUUUCGCGAGCUUUUUUUUCCAUUGUUACGCUAUUUAUGGCAAUUACGGAUUCUUAGUACGCGUUCAAUAAAUAAAAAUCAUGAUACUCUCGUUGAAACGAAGUUCGGAAAAAAACUGCUCCGAGCAUCCAGCUCUGCUGCGGAUUGGGCGACACCGUUGCGUCCCGGUAUAUAAAUAUAAAUAUAUGUAUACAUAUAAUUUAUAUAUAUUUAUAUUAAAUUCGUAUCGUGAAACGCGCGUUCAGGCCAUGUGCAAAGAAAACGCGAGAUUAAUCGACGGAAUGUCGAGUCGCGAAGAGACGCGUCUCGUCGUCCUAAGAGUUAGUACUCCGUAGGGGUGCACGGCGAUUAAGUUUAAGAGAUUAAUAAAAGUCGGUGACGUUUGCAAUUGACUUGGAGGAAGAGGGAGAGAGAGAGAGAGAGAGGCCGGAUCGACUAGCGGAAUGAAAACUCCCGUGAACGAAUCGAAGGGGGACUUUUAUGAAGAAAAUAAGUCCGGUUACGGUUACAGUCGCGUGGACGGCAACGUAUUUCUUUGAGAAAAUGAGAGAUUUUUCUAGCAGACGCCGCGACGUCUCGCGCAAUCCCCUUCCGAGUUUGUGGAUCGAUGAGAAGAAGUAAGAUUACUGCGACGAAAUGGGGAGCCAUCCGGGUCACCCGGAAAAUCCUUGCAAUUUCUAGAUAGAUUAGACGAAAAGAAAUUCGAUCUCCUUCGCGAACGAGCGAGAAAGAGAGAAACGCGUCGCGUUUUUACCGGCGAUCUCUAUAUUACCGGUAUUCUUCGAUUAUCUGAUUAUUAUGAUUAUUAUUAGUUAUUAGUUAUUAGUUGUGAUUAUAAUUAAUUAUGAUUCUUAUGAUUAUGAUUAUUAUUAUUGUAUCUCGCCGGUUACCACCGCCCACACCUACAUUGACGUCGUAACGUAGAUUAUCGACCGCUCUCACGGAUACGACGGAUGAACGUCUUUGGACGUUCGAAGGCAAAACGUUACGCGAAGUUUAUGUCGAAGACUCGCCGAAAACGGUCUUGGAAGGGUAAAGAUAAAAGGGAGAUACGUAUACGUAUAACGAAGACAUUUUCCGUGUCCUUCCGAGGACGAUAAGAAAAAGGAGGGAAUUCGACGCGACGGGGAUGGGAAGUCCCGCGAGAUGAAACCGGUCCGAUAUCGCCCACGGGACUGCCGGAACGUACGUACGACCGUUACGCGAUCGUUGCUACAACGGAAAAAGACGGACCCUGGACUUUUUAACGCGGUUCUACCUCCCCUUGCUUCUCGCAACGCGAUCCGUCUCGAAACGCUCGAUCGGCACCGAUGCCGUAAUCGCCGGUCGGGGUCACGACCAGGUAUCGACCUGGUCGUCGAUAUUCUUAUUACUCGUAUGAUUAUUCUUAUUAUUCUUAUCAUUAUUAUUAUUAUUAUUAUUGCUACGAUUACCGUCAUUAUAAUUAGUAACGUGGGAGAGUGUAUCGUGUCUCAUUUAAGUGUACCUCUUUGUGUCUAGUCCGGGAGCAGGGGAGCGACCCCCGGGGCCCCCUGGCUCCCACGUCUGCCGAUGGAGCCAUCGACUUCUUUUCUAAGCUUUUAUUUAUUCGACUCGUCCGUUCGCGCCGUUCGCGCCCUAGUUUAACCCGACGAUGGAGGGGAGCGAGCCGUUCUCGAGACCCCCGCGGGAGAGCACCGGGGUUGCGCGCGCGGCCGUCCGAAGUCGUCCACUCUUGAUCGUUCCUACGAGCACCCUGCGACCACGAUCGCCGGUGUCGGCGGUUCCGAAGGUCGAGACCCGACGCGGCGGCGUCACCGGUUUGCCACCGCGCCAUUCCGAUACCACCACCACCACCACCAUCACCACCACCACCACCACCACCACCACCACUAAUAUCAAUUAUUUAUUUAUUUAUUUAAUUAUUAUAUUGGACUUAACAAGAAUUAUGUUUUAUUUAAGGAUUAAACUGAUUUGCGUUUGUUUCGAGAGGUCGUUUAUUUCAUCCCGACCGGCGCGCUUAGACUUAAUCUCCCGCUCUCGAGGACCACUCUCUCCUCUCCGACGUCCCGCGGGUCGAUUCGUCGCGGAGGAGGCUCCGGAUGAUCCGAGACGAAGACGGUUAAAAGGAACGGGUUACGAGUCGGUCCGCCGUUCCGUGAUUCCCUCUUCCUUGGCCAGGCCAAAAGUUCGCCGCGGACGAAUUCCGGGACGAUUCGAGAAACGACACGGCCCGCGAGCAAACGCACAGAGGCUCGACGAGCUAUCGGAAGGGUUCCUCUCCGGCUCGUCGGCACGUACAGCGCACAACCGUAGACUACGCGAAGUCACUCGGGACGAGGACUCGUCGGACGCCCUCGAGGCCCAUCCAUCGGCCCUAAUCGCUUGCAGCAAUGAUCUCACGUGAACGAAAACACGCUAAUCUACUUACUACGAUAUUAUACAUACAAUUAUUACGUUAGAUAUAUUAUGUGUACCGUAUUUAUGUCUCAAUAAUCGUUGUUAGUUAUAUCGCUGUGACGAGGGCGAAACCGAAGAGAGGAGGACGUUGUGUACAUUAAACGUUAAUCGAAGGGAUUUCCGGGGGAGGACGAGAAGUUAGGUAUUUUUUUUGUUAUGUUCUCGGAGCAAGAGGGAGCCGAAGAAUAGAAACGAUAGAAAGAGGGGAGUGGGAAGGGACUUUCGCGUCGCGUCGGUAAUCGAAUUUACUCGUCCAACGGGAUC